AUGGAAGGAUUCAAGGUAUUUCUAAUAGUCCAAAAUUCAGAAGAAGGAAUGAGAAUUAUCAGACGUAAAUCAUAUUUAGACUUAAAAUGUGAAGAAGCAAACCAGAAUCCAGCCUUUUUGUCUUUUACAAAUAAAUAUUUCACAUUAGAUGUAAAUAUUUAUGCCAAGCUAUACACAGACGAGGAAGAAUUGACACAGCCAUACGCUAUAAUUUUACUAGACUCUGAGCUUUUAAAAGAAUGGCAUAAUAAAAAUACACAAAAAAUCGAAAACUCUGAAUGCAGCUUGCUGAUAUCAAAUGGGGAGAAUGAAGACCUUGAAAAUUGGGCUAUAGAAAAUGAACUAUUUUUCAUAAUUUUUUACCUAAAUUUUUUAUGAGCCUAAAAUAGCAUAUUUAAAUAUAUCGCCUAAUACAGAAAAUGAAAUUGAGUACGUUUAUGACAAUUUAGACAGUUUUGAAGGCUUUAAAAAAGAGGACGGAGAAAACAUAGGACUUGGAAGAGUCAGAGAAGCAAUAGAAUGUGCAGCAGCCCCUUAUGCAAAAACAGAAAAACCUUCAGAAGUUAAACAAGAAGAAAGAGAGCCGACAGAAGAGGAAAUUGAGAACGACCUUGAUACCUUUGAAUAUUUUUUAAAUAAAAUUAGAGAAGUCAGAGAAAUGGCUCCAAAUAGCACUGAAGAAGAAAGAAAAGAAAGAGCAGAAAACACGAUUAAAGAAUUAAUGGAAAAAUUUAAGCUUGAUGACUAA